AAAAUGUUCACAUCUUUGCUAAGCUCUGAAACAUACUGACAGAGCAAGCCGUUCAACAUCCCUCACACUCAAGCGUUUUUUAUUGGAUCAAAUGGAGCUUCCAAACCUGAUAGUGCUCAGUCUCAUACUAACACUGGCCUUGUUUUCAAAAGCUCUGGACUGGAAAAUAAAAGUGGAAAAAAAACAUGUUGGAAAAAUUGGAGAAGACAUAACCAUACAAUGCACCUACAGCUAUCCAAAAGAUCAGAGAACAAAUGACUUUAAAGUUUACUGGAAAACAGAAGGGAAGAGUGACUGUAGUAAGAAAGACAAGGACACCAAUGCAUUUGUUUUCCACCCUAAUUCCUCUUGUGUGGUUCCCAAGUACAGAGGAAAAACAAAGCUCAUCGGAAAAAAAGACAAUGGCAGCUGCUCUCUGCUGAUCAAGGACUUAAAAGAGCCGGAACCAUUUAUCUACGUUCGUGUUUGUGGACUUAGCGACAGCUACAGUUUCAAAAAACAACCCGUUUCCAUUUAUCUGCAUGGUUAUCUCAACAUCUCCAAAACAGCUGAUGACAAUGUCACAUCAACUAUGUCCACCAGUGAUGUCCAAAACAACUAUAUUGUGUAUCUGACCAUAUUUGUACCAGUUCUGGGACUCAUGACCUUUCUUCUUGUUGGAGCCGUGGUUUGCAUCAAACGCAAGAGAAACAAUACACCAGGAGUCAACAGGCCUCCCACAGAAGGGGCUAUCAAGGAAUCAGAUUACUAUGUGAACUUUAGCUCAGCGUCAUCAAACCUAUCUAACAAUAAAUCCAAAUCUGGCAAAAGUGUCGACAUGGGAGUUCCUGAGCAGAAAGCCAUUGAUGAGGCCAUCUACAUUAAUUUCCAGGGAGCAGCAGAUCAAACCAGACAAAGUGCGGAUCCCAUAGACAACAUUUAUGCAAAUAUUUUGAAGGGAUUCAGAGUGAUCCCUGAUGCAGAACCAGCCAGUAACCAGUGGAUUAUAAAUGUGCCACCAACAAUUCCCGCAUUGCAGGGCUCAUGUGUGGUUAUUCCCUGCGCUUACACUUACCCUAAACCCCCAUCCAAAGCAAUCCUCAACAGAUAUAGAGGAUUUUGGAUGAGAGGGAACACAAUAGUGUCAACUAACCUUCCAAAAUGGAGGCUGAAGGAUGAGUUCAAUAAACGAACCCGGCUUGUGGGCAAGCUCAAAACACGCAACUGCACCAUGCUUCUGGACAGUGUGAGAAGCACUGAUGUCGGCCCUUUUUACUUCAAGAUUGAUAUUCCAAAGUAUGAAAGCCACUCCUUCAAAGAAAGUACAGUGUCCAUUGAUGUCAUUCGACACCCUGAUCCCCCUUCUCUGUCUGUGGAGGUGAAUGAGAAAGUCAGGGCUACCUGCUCUGUCUUACACACCUGUCCAUCUUAUCUCCCUCAAUUCUCCUGGAAUCACGCUGGAAUCGUCUCGCAUCGCUCAAAGCCGCUGAACAAAUGGCAAUGGGAGACAAAGUCAACACUGACCUUUGUCCCUGCACCCACUGACUUCCUGAACACUUUGAACUGCACGGUGAAAUACAGAGGGGGGAAACAGACGGAGAGCUCCAUAGCUGUCCGGAUAUGA